AUGGAGAAUUAUCGAGCGGGUGGGGAGGCUAUUGGGAAGUACAUCCGAGCUCAUCUGCCUCCUCCCCGGGAUGACGGACUUGAGGUUGCGGACGAGAAGAUUAACGAAAACGUUACUGUUCGUAUUUAUAAGCCAAAAGGGUCUAAGGAAGCUUUGCCUAUCGGCGUUUUCUGUCACGGAGGCGGUUUCUCUGAUGGGUCCAUCAAUAUGGAGGAUGGCUUGUGCAGACUGAUUGCAUCGAUGUAUCCUUGCAUGAUAGUCUCCGUUGAGUAUCGUCUUACACCCGCGGUUGAUAUCAAGGUCGUUUUUCAGGACGCAUUUGAUGGAUUCUCAUGGACUUACAAAAAUGCCUCCAAGUUAGGUGGAGACCAGAAACGUGUUUUCAUGCUGGGAAGCUCAUGCGGUGGUACGCUCUCCCUUGCCACCGCUCACAGACUCAUUGAACUUGGACGAGAGGGACAGCUCAAGGGAGUCAUCAACAUGGCUGGAGGUACAGUUCACGAGGCCAAUGUGCCCAAGCACCUUCAACACCUCAUGAAGUCUAUGGAAGAGAACGCUACCGAUGUCCCAAUCAUUGACGGGCAGACAGCCAAGAUGAUCAACGCAUCGACUGGUCUCGACAAGCAUGCCGAUGAUGAGUGGCUAUUUCCCCUCCUCUCAUCGCACCUCGCCAAGUUUCCACGUACCUACCUUGUUGCCUGCGGAGCGGACCCUCUGCGAGAUGAUAACGUGGCCAUGGAGCAUGAACUUGGCAGCAAAGGGGUCAAGGUCAAGCUUGACAUGUACCAAGGAUUACCCCAUGUCUUUUGGAUGUUUCCGACACUGAGUGCUACGAAGACAUUCAUUGGGAAUCUCCUUACUGGCAUCAAGUUUAUCCUGGAGUAG